AUGGACACGCAGCGGCAGCAGCCAUUGUUCUUUUACUGCCCCUUUGGCUCCCGUGAGUGCCACGCUCUUGCCCUCCGUCGGGCGACAGCAUCUCCACUGCCUUUGGUGCCCGCCGCCCCCCCCCCCGCGUUACAAAUGUGGCCUUCGCGGGGGCGCUAGGCGGCGGGGUGCCCUAGACGCCCAGCAGGGAGGGAUACCCAUCUUACUCCCCACUGCUUCGCCUUGUGCUCGGGUAACAGUAGCUGCAGCCGCCAGACAGGCGGGCGGGCGGGAGCGCCAAGGCCAGGCCUGGCUGCUGAUAAAAAACAUCCAUCGAGACGAGAGGCGAAGGCCAGCUUCCCAGGAUGCGCUCCUGUGCUGGACGUGGCCUGCCUGGGCCGCCGUCGGGGCUGAAGGGCAUUGGCAGAGCCGGAGGGCAUUGCGCCAUUUGUUUGCACACUGACGGCAGCCGCCGGUCGCCACUAAUCCAGGAGCUCGCAGCAAAUAGCCCCGGGGAAGAGGGGCCGGAGCGGAGCAGAUCAGGGUCCAGGCUGGGCUGGAAGGGCAACCUUGGCACCCCUGCCUUGCAGGGUGGUGCCCAAGAGAGAAGCCCCGUGAGGACUUCCUACGAGGGCCCCUGCUUCCAUUCCGCCUGGAGGUGCAAGAAGCCCUCUUGACAACCCAACCAAAGGGAGGGGGAGCCCCUUUGGGAAGGUAGGCGCUGGGACUGGAGGGUUAGUACCCGUGGGCAUGGUGGGAAUCGGAGCUGGCACUGAACACAGUGCAAUCCAAGCAGCCCUUGCUUUGCUCUGGGCUUGAACCACCCAGGGUCAGCACUGGCUCAGCUGUUAAGGUCAAAACACAAGAACAGCCUGGCUGCUGGGUCAGUCCAAAGAGGGGCCACCCAGAAUCUUGUCCUCAUGGUGACCAACCAGAUACUGCAAAAGGAAGGCCACAAGCAGACCAUGUGUGCACUUGUGAUCCCCAGCAGCUGGCAUUUAGAGGCAUCCUGCCUCCAGCAGUGGAGGUAGUGCAAAGCUAUGCUCCUCUUCCUUGAAUUUCUUUAAUCCUUGUAUCUGUGGUCAGCCUCAGUUGGAACACAUCACUGUUAAACAUCUGUUAGUCUGCCCCUUAUAUAGAGACCCAAAAGAUCGUUUUCUGAAACCUUUGUUCACAGAAGCAAGCAGGUGCAUCCCGGCAGAAACGGUCCAGUUUCCUUUGGGUGACAAGAAUAGUUUUGUAACACACAGUGUGGCCCUCUAUCCACCAGCUGCAAAUAACUAUCAGGAAAAGGGAGUUCGAUAGAACACUAUAAAGUUGUGGUAAUUUGGAGGUUUAAUUUGAAAUCAAACUGGAUUUGAGUUUGUGGGUGUAUCUGGCAACCUCUGUCUUACAUCACUGGUGUUGCCUCAUAUUAUGGAUGUAUGAUCUCUAUUGUUUUAUUGGGACUGUGGCUGCAGGUUUCUAGCCUUUGGCUAGAACAAUAAACUUUGAUUGACUGACACAGCCGGGACCUUACAUGCUCUCAGGGCAGAAACACAAGAAAGGAGUCACACAAACACACUCACCAGCAACACCACCAAUCAGGAAGCAGCCUGCCAAGACCACCCCAGCUUGGGUUUGGGGAGAGAGGAGGAGUUGCCCCUCUGCCCUCUUGGCUGCAAGGCCUCAGCCAGCAGAGCAGUUGGGCAAUUUUAGACUUUGGACUUAAUUCAGUUUAAUUCUGCCCAUCACCCUCUUUAGGGUUGUGUGCUGGCUGUGUAUGGGGUGGCAUUGUCCUGCCCAUUCUACCAAGUGGGGGCUUCUGCCCCAAAGCUCUGCCUCAAGGGCACCAUAUAGCUGACCCCUACAUCUCCACCCAUCAAAGUUCCAACCAAACGGGAGCUGGGGAGUCCAGCAGCAUGUAGAGGGCCAAAGGCUCACCCCACUCCAGUCCUGGUGGAAGUGCCAUUAAGCUUGAUAGACCAGUGUUCUUGACUAGAUCACAGGGAGCAUGCAUGGACUGCAACUCCCAUCAGCCCCAGGCAUAAUGAGGCAACAGUGAAGGAUGAUGGAAGUUGUAGGCAAAGCUCUGCUUUGGAGGUUCCCCCUUACCCAGCCUCAUCUACCCAGUGGUUGGCCAGUUGGACAUCCCCCUGGGGAAGAGAGGAGAGGGGGGCAGGAAGGCCUGCCCAGCUAGGGGGCACCAGGGCAGAGCCAGGGUUCCCUGUAUGUGAGAGAGAGGAAAUCUCCAGGGCUGUGGGGGUCACUCAGUCUGGGCUGCACUGGCCCAUGCUGAGUGUGAGCACUUGUGACAACAGAAUAUAACUGCUUCUUUCCUACAUGCUCAAAAUUCUUUGACCUUUUCAUGCAUGAACGGACCAGUCGUUUGUUCUUCAGGUGCUUUCAGUUCUCUGUAAUGGAUUCCCAUCCUUAAGACUACCUAUCUGUGAAAUGGGUAGAUGUCUUCUAGAAUGACUGUGCAUAAGACUGCACUGGACCUGCAGCUUGACAUGCUAUUUGCUGCAGCGCUCACCAGCUGCUUGAGACACCUGCACUGGGCUCACUUAUAGUUGCUACUCAUGAGACAAUUGGCAUCUGAACUGUGUUGGGUGGAUGUACUGCUUGGCCAUUGGAGAUUAGAAAGCACAUGUUUUUUGGCGAACUUCAUCCUUGAAGCACCAGCCUCUGCUUCUUGCCUCCAGGGCAUGGCUGGUUUGCCCUGAGCCACUGGGCUGCUCCCCUGGCAGCAUGCUGGGCUCCAGGCUAGAAUUACUUGGCAAGAGUUGGCCACUCUGGCCAUGACUGGCUUCAUCUUAGAGGAGGCCUCCUUGGUGCUGGACAGGCUUAGGCAAUGGAUCCAGGAGGAGAGGGCUCAUGUGCUCAAAUCGUUCUUUCAGGUUUCCCACCAGCAUCUGGCUGGCUGCUGUGAGUACAGGAUACAGGACUACAUGAGCCAAUUUGGCCUGAUCUGGCAGUUUCUUCUUAUGUUCCUAGUAUUCUUUGAUUGACUGAGCCAAGGAGCCAGACCCAGAGGCUCUCUAGGAGGCCAGCCUGUUUACCUCCCCUACUUAGGAAGAGGCUUAGUACUGCUCUCCUUCUCACUUGGGCCUCCUUGACUCUGCUUCCCACGGGGCAGGAAAGGGUGUCAGUUUGGCACCCUGGUUGGUUGCAGGCAGGGUUGGGCACCCUUCCAUGCAAACUCUGCAUUUGCCCAGGAUCCCUUUCAACAGCAGCUGUGAUCUUCUGGAAUUGCCAGCCUCGCCAACUUUCAGACAAGAUCUUUUAAUUGAGCACAGACUUGAUGACUUAACAGACAUUAAAGCACAAAGUUUCCUCAUAAUUACGGCGUGUAAAAUCUUCUCAUGGGUUGCAAAAGUUGUCUUGUUGGAUUUAGGGACCGCCUAGACUGUGGUCCUUUGCAGACCGCAAUGUGCUUUUCAGGCAGGCCUGGAGAGACAAUAUGUGUCUCUCAGCUCCAAGAUUAGGAGAGGGUGAAAAUGGAGUGGCUCUGGUUGCAAAAACAACCCACCCACCCCUUGUGCCUAUACACAAUGUGUGGCAUUGCACAAGUUGGCUCUUCUGACAUCUCUCACAGAGUUAGAGUGAGAAAACAGAAAGAGAACUUGAGUGGAAUCUACACACAUAUUUUAAAAAAAAACCACUGUGAAAAUGCUUUUUUAAAAAACGUUUUGAAAAAUACAUUGAAUUUGCCAUAGCUCACUGUUACCAUCUAGUGUCACACAACACACUUAAAACGUUUUAUUUGCAGCUGUGCAGCUGGAGUCCUAGCUCUUGGCAGGGCCCCUAUUGUAACAGGCUGCAUACAAAUGCCCUGCUUCUGGACAAACCGAAAACUCAAAAGUGUCUAAAUCUGAGGCCCGAUUUGAGCUUGAGGACCCUGGCCAAAUGGCCAUCCUGCCUGCCCCCCCCUCGCCCUAAUUGGCCCUGACUGUAAAAAGAUGCAGCCACUCACCAGUAGCAAUGAGGGCUAGAUUCUGGCAUUUCUUCUUACCUUCUACUUACCUGUGGUGCAAAUAUCUUCUGCACUGCAUCAGGUACCCAGAGCCUGAGGUUGCAUCUGCAGCAUGGACAGAUCUGCAGGGUCUGUAGGUCCAUGUGUGUUUAUGGUACAGAAGCAAAUACACUAGCUUAGAUCCGAUGAAGCCAUGUUUGUCUCUUGGACAAGCGAAGCAAGAUUGCAACUUUUUUUAUGUGCAGAUAUUUAUAAAGAUUCUCUCUCUCAAAAAAAACCCCCACCUAUGCUGCUUGCUAAGGCUCAUGCCCAUAUGGCAAUGCUUUCAAAAGCAGGAUGGUUUAAACAGAAAUGUUUCAACUGGAUUACAGAGGUUGGAUGGCCUCCUGUCAGGGAUUCUUUAGGUGUGAUUCCUGCAUUGCAAGGGGUUAGAUUAGAUUACCCUUGGGGAUCCCUUCCAACCUUACAAUUCUAUGAGUCUAUGAUCUGGGCUUGGAAAGUUCAGUUUUGGUCCCAUUAUAUAAAUGAACCAAUUUAUUUGGGAUUGGUCUUGGUGACCAAAAGUUGCUAGUCUGCAUUAGAGUCCUCUUGUGGUUCUUACUGUGUCUUAUUGCUGCAUGGUGAUUUUAUUUAAUUUUUGUCAUUGGCAUCUGUGUGUUCCAGACUGGAAGAGAGGUGGGAAGGAAAAGUCACAAACAAGCAGAAAUAAUCUCAGAAGCUUCAUGGGGGGCAGGGUAUUGACCACUGAGAACAAACAGGCACCCAAAUGCAGAAUAGCCAAUGGUCAGGGGAGAUGGGAAUUGUUGUCCACAAACAUCUGGAGAGCCCCCACAGGAUACCCCUUCCUACUCAAAGGGCUCCCCAGACAGAAAGGAACACCUGAAAAAAGGAGAAACUAAAUACUUAGUGGGACGGAAUGAGACAUAGCAUCAGUUGGAGAGCAGAGCAGGAAAAAACAGCCCAGGAAACAAGCAAACAAAGCUAACCCAUGACUUCUCUUGAACUUAAAACACAUAAUAAGCUUCUAAGCUUGACCACUCAGACAGCAGUUAAAUGAGGUCCAGGCAACUCUUAAACAAACUGCAAACAUAGGAGAUAGCGCAGCUGAGCUGCAGAACAAAGUACACGAUGCGUUGUAAAAAUAUAAAUGAAGAGUAUCUCAAACAAGAAGACCUUGAAAAAGAUGGCCACCAAAAGCUUCAUUUUCCGACUGCUAAAGCAAUAGUAGGUUCAGGCACAGAAAUCUCCCUUGGAAGUUGACUUGGCCAGCUCCUGUAACUGGAAGAAAUGGGCAAGACCCCCAUGCACUGAAGGUAAGUCCUGAGCAGGCUUGGAAGCUGGUGCCACUCUUUGCCCCUGAGCCCUGACACGACUGCAGCCUCCACAAUAAAGCACACACCAUCUUUCUCCUCUCAUGGAGAAGCAAAGAUCCCAGUGGAGGGGACUUUCAAGAUUUAUGCACAAUAAAACAAAGGAGACAAUAUUAGCUGAAGCCAGAAAAAAGAUGCUCACUCAAAGAAUUGAUUCUACAAACUCCUUAUUCCUGAAAAAUAUUUUUAUACCACCCUUCAUUAAUAAUACCAUGGUGGUUCAAAACAAUGCAAUUAUAUUAAAACUGGUACAUUAAAAUAUAUACAGUAAUAAAAUACAUCACAGGCCAGCGAGAUGUCACCCAAAAAUGCCUUCUGGGUUGACUUCAGCAAGCAGGAAAAGCCCAUCAAUGCUGGUGCCUUAUUUCAAAGGAGAGGCCAUUCCAGAAGCUGGGUGCCACAACAGAAAAGUCCCUUAUUUGGGUUGUUGCAGGAAGGAUCUCAGCACAUACACAAGACAAGCUCAUCCAAGGAUCCUUGAAUUGGGCUGGUACAUACAGGAGAAGGCCUUCCUUCAGGUACUCUCACUUAAUUUAUACAUCAAGAAUAAGAAAGAUAAGCACAAUAUUUAAGGAAACAGUUUUUUUAUCAUCAUCAUCCACUUUGCAUACAGAAGGUCCUAGGCCCAAUUUCUGGUGGCAUUUCCAGGUAAGGAUGGGAGAUAACCCUGCCUGAAACCCUGGAGAGCUUCUGCCAGUCCGUGUAGACAGUGCUAAGCUAGAUGGAACAAUAGUCUGGCUCCGGGAAGGACACUUGCUGUGUCUCUGUUACUUUUUCUCUCUCCGUUUUGUCUUUUGCUUCACAACCGGCCUGGAGAGGAGGCCUGGAGAACCUGGAAUCUUCCUCCCUCCCUCCUGCCCUUUCUCCUAGUGAAGAGGUUGCUCUCUUGUGGUUUGGAGGUGUUCUAUUCCCUACAUGAACCAAUACAGCUCAGGACACAUUUUGCUCUUUAACCUUCAUUUUAUUUUGCUGGUUUUCUUGGAAUACUUCUUAGUGGGUUUGAGCUGGAAGCCAAAGGCAGUCAAAGUCAAUGUUGCUUUCCUUUCUUCUGCUGCUGGCAUUUCGCCAAGGAAGAUCACUGGAACAGACACCUGUCCUUGUAGGGCAUGGGUCGGCAAGCCAAGGUCCGCGGGCCAGAUCAGGCCCAAUUGCCUUCUAGAUCUGGCCUGUGGACGGUCCGGGAAUCCAGGCAGCCGGCAUAGCGCGUGAGCGCGCAUGAUGGUUUUUGCGACUCAGCCAGGCUUGGGGGUCAAAAGUGAGGCGAGCGGCUGCUUGAGACAAGCCCCUUCUUCAUCUGUGAUGCACGUGCAGCAACCUUUUCUUCCAGGGUGGGGGGUGGGGAAGAGGGAAAAGGAGCCACAGUUCGGAUUUCCACCAUGGAGCUGCCAGCAACUGACCUCAGGAAGGGCAGUUGCAGCAGCAGGGGCUCAGAGGCGCCUAAGGAGCGACGCCUGCUGGUGUCUGAGGUGGCGGUGCUCCCCGCCAAAGGAAGCGGGGAGCGCCUGGGGGGCUGCGCUCCAAAGCAGUUCUGCGUACUGCUGGGGAGGCCGCUUGUAAGCUACACGGUGUGAGCCAUGGAAAGGUAAAUAGCCGCCGCCUUGUCUUCCCUCAUGCAGGGAAAAGAACGUUUUUGCUUGAGCGGCACUGGCCUGACUUAGCGUGGCCAACAGCUUUUCCCUUCACCCACACCUGCGCAAACGCUCUCCAGGGCUGACAGAAAUGGCGCGCUUACCUCAGCCCCCCACCCUGCCUUACAAGAGAAAAAAUAACUGUCAACGAGUAAAACACAAAGGAAGCAGCGUGGGUGUAUGUGGGAACACACACACACCCCAAAAAAAUCACAUUUGGGCAACGUUGGGGUUGGUCCCAAUAAGGGUUUUUGCCAAAAAUGCGGGUGAUAUUCAUGGCAACAUAUAGUCCGGCCCCCUACAAGGUCUGAGGGACAGUAGACCGGCCCCCUGCUGAAAAUGUUUGUUGACCCCUGUUGUAGGGGCUUCCCUGGAUGAACAAAGGCGCCCCUCCAGGAACCAACCGCCUUAUAGGUCUCCAUGUGCAUCCCGCCAUUGCCCACGAGAGGGCGCUGCUCCCUCGCUCCGUGGCGGCGCCACUUGCUUUCACCUUCGGGAAUCCCUUCGCUUAAUUCCGCAUUCUGGAAAAUCCUCCCUGCAGGAGCGCCCCCUGGAGGGCAUUGAUCGAGUUGCAUAAGGAAAUGGAAGGGAGCGGUCUCUGCCCGCAAGCGGCUUACAAUCAUCCUAAUAGGCAGCAGGGAAUGCUAGGGACGGGGGAGGGGAAGGAUUUGAACUCGACGCAACCUGGGAGCCGGGAGGAAGCCAAAAUCGGGGGGCGGGGCUCCUGCUGCUGUCCUCAAUGCAGCCCUGGGGCUGCCGCUGCUCCGCUGGUCCGAGCGGUGGUCAGAAGGGAAUCCCGCUCCCCCCUGCCAAGAAUCAGCCCCACACCUCUCCCUCUCCCUCUUCCACUUCCCCUGGCAGAGAUUAACGCGCGCCUUGCCCGUUUCCUCCACUGAUUUGGCCAGGAGCUGACAACGGGGGGCGCAGGGGGUCUCUCUUGCUGUUUGAAAGGGACCACCUUUUGCAGCAUCUUCGGCUGACCGGGGUGAGGGUCGUGCUUACCUGGCAUAGGGACAGGAGGAUAUUCUGUCCAGGGGGGUUGGGUGACAUUUCGGGGUCCCGCCCCCUCCCCAGCCUCCGACCAGCCCGCCACACCCCCGCCUCUGCAUUGUGUGGACCCCUCCCCGUAUUCAAACCCCCCCCCCAUCUCCUCCCUUUCUUGAUGUCACCAAUUGGUCUGGAAGCACCGCCCCGAUCCCUCCCCCCACCCCGACGGCGCCCCGCGAUUCCGGCACAGACAGGGAGGGACGCACCACAAAGAAAGGCGACGGCGGGCCACGGCAGGAGAGGCUGGGGCCGGGGACAAGGGGUCGCGUCUGUGCAGGAGGUGAGAGAGAGAGAGGCGGGUGGGCCGGGGGUGUCUCUGCCUUCAAAGACUGGCUCUGUGACGGGACUCAGCCCCGAGACCUGUUAGCAGCCAAGACAGACAGUUUCUCUGCCCAUGUGCCGAGAGUCUUUUUUUCCCAGCAGAGGCAGGGCAGGCGGAGGGAAGCCCCUUUUCCCUGGCACAAUAGCGCGCCAGGAAUUUUGCACUCCCCCCCCCCCCCAGAGAAAGUCCCUUCAGUUAUCAUCGAAAUUUAGCGUGGGAGGCGCAGAGGCAUUUUAUAUAGCUAAAGGGCUUCCGAGAUUUGGGGGGGGGGUGUGGCCGUCUGAAUGGCUCUUUUCAGCAUUAGAGGGGCGCAGGUGAUGGCCCCUCUGGCGCGUCCCCCCCCCCAAGUUUAGCCUUAGGCUGGGGAUGUGACAACCAACAGAGCUUGUAACGGAGCUGGGACUGACCCCUCCUGAACUCUGGGGUUCAGCCGUGGCCCUUGGCAAGCAAAACCACGUGAUGCCCACGUGCCCCACCCAUCUCAGCAAGGCGCUGGACCAGACCCCCGGUCACCCCACAGCCAGCCCUCAAGGGCCACCCUGAGGCAAGGAGAGGAAGGCAUCACAAGCGGGGUUCUAAUGCCCCUCCACACACUAUAUUGCCUGCAUUUGCAAAACCCUUCAUCUGCUGUUCCCCCACACCAGGCUGUGCUGCCAAUCUGGGCACCCAUUAACAAAUGUUUGUAUCUGUCUUGGAUAGAGCAUGCUUGCCAACUCAGAUUUUGCCACAGAAGCUGUGAACAAAAGUGCAUUUCGGAAGGACUGUCUGCCACAGGGGGGCGGCGGAGAGAGAAAGAGAAAGGGAGGGAGGGAAAGAGAGAGAGAGACUGUCCCCCCAGAACCCUAGGAGAGCACCUGCUGUAUAGCAACAUAGUUUUUAAUUGCUUUUAUAUUCAAUCUUGUGAGUUCGAGGUAGUGUAUAUGGUUCACUCUUCCUCAAUUCUCUCAAACUUGAGGCCCCAUCUGUUGUUGGACUACAACUUCCAUCAUUCCUAGCUAGAGCACCUGUGGUCAGGGAUGAUGGAAGCUGUUGUCCAACAACAGAUGGGGACCCAAGUUUGAGAAACACUGGAUUAGUGUGUCAGACUAGGACCCGGGAAACCGGGGUUCAAAUCCCCAUGAAGCUCAUUGGGCCAGGUACUGUCUCUCAACACAUGGGUGUUGUGGAUCGGGGAUCCACAUGCACACCACCUUGAGCUCCUUGGAGGAAAAGCUGGGAUAGAAAUGCAAUAAACAAAUACCAGUCAUCCCCAAAACCUCUUUCCUGCUGCACCAGCUGCCCAUGUUGCAGAGAACUUUGCACUUCCUGUCAGUGGACCAUGACAUCUUGAGAGCUUCAGGCUGGGGAAGGCUGAGAUAGACUACAUCUUCCAACUAUUCCGACUUGGUUGGGAAUUUUCAUAUUCAAAACCUUAUUUCCUUCUCCCCCUCUCCUAGGUCCAUUCUGAAAGCCUCAGCUGACCUCAGCAUUGCUGGCUUCCCGGCCAGGUGAAACUAGUUCCUUGCAUCUUCGCACCUAUGCCAGCUGCUCAGAACUGAAGGAGGUGAGUGUGAGGACCCUCAGCCUGUCAGCUCAUGUGCUUCCUUUAUGAGAUGAAGCCUCGACAAAUGGGCAAAGAAGUCGAAGCAGCUGCCAGCCAAGAGGGUAUUUGGCAUCUUCUGGGAAAGGCUGGGCAAUCAAUGAGGGAACCUGCCUGCAAAAAAGGUUCCCCCCCCAAUGAAUUUGGGGCCUUCCAUGGCCAAGUGCCAUUCUAUGAACCCCAGCCUACAAUAGUGGGACCCACCAGGGUUAUUGAGGAGGGCUUCCCCUGGUGUCAUGUGGUGGGAGGCGGCUCACAGCCACAUAUCUUUCUUUCUGACAAUAUCCCGAGCCAUUUAAGGGUAGUGUGUGUGUUGGGAGGGGUGAAGGAAGAAGGGAUUGGGAGUCACCAUGUUUUUAGAGCGGCAGACAUUUCCUUCCUUCUCUCCAACCUCCCCACCAAAAUGUUUGAGAACAACUCAACUUCCACCAGGGCAUCAACGGAAAUAAAGGAAGUUGCCUGGAACAGUCAGGUCAGAGUAUUUCCCCCUUGGCUUUAUUGGAAAGCUAGAAGCAGGGACGCAGGUGGCGCUGUGGGUUAAACCACAGAGCCUAGGAUUUGCUGAUCAGAAGGUCAGCGGUUCGAAUCCUCACCACGGGGUGAGCUCGGUCCCUGCUCCUGCCAACCUAGCAGUUCGAAAGCACAUCAAAGUGCAAGUAGAUAAAUAGGUACCUCUCCGGCAGGAAGGUAAACGCUGUUUCCGUGCACUGUUCUGGUUCGCCAGAAGCGGCUUUGUCAUGCUGGCCACAUGACCCAGAAGCUGUACGCCGCUCCCUCGGCCAAUAAAGCAAGAUGAGCGCCGCAACCCCAGGGUCGGCCAUGACUGGACCUAAUGGUCAGGGGUUCCUUUACCUAGAAGCAGGGAGGAGUGGUGAUUAUUUAUUAAUUUAUGUACCGUGUAGAUGCCAAAAUGGUUUCUAAGCAGUUUACAAAACCAAUAUGCAGAGUACACAGUGGCAUCAAAACACCCUUAAUUUGAAUUUACAAUGAAACAAACAAUUUAGAAAGCAUGACAAUGAAAGACAGUUUGAAAAAAGCAGUGAAAACAAUAAAACCACAAGUUCAAGUUCAGGGAAAGGCUUACCUAAGCAGGUGUGUAACGAGGUGGUGGCAGAAUGCCAACGGUAAUGGGGUGUCUCGAAUUUCAUCAGGGAAGGCAUUCCACAACACUGGUGCCACCAGCAAAAAAAUUAAAUAAAACCCAACCUCUCUGUUACCACAAGCCGAUAAUCAUGAGAUUGAUUGUGAUGUGGUGCUGACGGCCUGGCAUUUGCCCAUAGGAGCUGCCUUACAGAAUUGCUGUUUUGUUUUAUGUGGCUGAAUCUCUCCCUCCACCUGCCUUUGUUUCUGCCACCCUUGGUGCCCUCCAGGAACUGGCAGAAGCCAUGACUGUACAGCCCUCUGUGGGAAUGCUGUGACCUUAGGGGGGCGGAUUCCAAUAUCAGUUGCAGUUGCAAAGAGGAACAGCCUCUCUGGCAGCCUGCUUGCACUCUUUGGAGUCAUCAGUGGCCCUUGCUGGGUCUCUCUGCCAUGGGAGGAGGGCACAGGGCAUCUUGAUUGAGUCAGCGUGGCUUAGGACAUGGCUCCUCUGAGCUGCUCCCCACAUGCAUGCUGACAGUACUGGGCAAGGAAGAGGCAACCCAAGAAGGCACUCGCUCAUGUGUGUCCCAGCCAGCCUGGUUGGCAGUGACUGGGGAGAGUUUUUUCUCCCAGGGAGAAGAGAGGGCAUCUGAAGGUCAGCACUGGGUCAUCCGACUGGACCAGUGGCUGGAUCUUGCUUCAGCAUUGGCAGUAGGACAGCACCCAGCACUGCAGUGGGUCACACCCACCCAUACACAUUGAAAGUGCACGGAAUCCUGUAGCUUACUCCUCAGAGAGCUACAAUUUUCAGCACCCUUAACAAACUGUAGGAUUCUUUGGGGGAAGUCAUGCACUUUAAAUGUGGAAGAGUCCCUGAGGGCAGGCAGUGGUGGAGGGGGCACAUGGUGGUCUGUCUGCCAAUACUUUGCAGGGGCUCCCUCUCCCCCACCCUCAACACAGCACCUGGAUCCUAUAUAGGUGACAGGGCAUGGGCUUGCCCUUCCCUUGUCUGAAGGCUGAAAGGGCCAGUGCUGAGCUCCUACCCAGCUUCUACAGGCUGGUCUCCCAGCUGCCUGCCCCUGCCUGCAACCAAAUCUGGGCCCUGCCCUGAGCUAGGAGAUCAAAUGACACCAUUGAUUGUGUGCUUGAGGAUCCCUUCCUCCCAAAUCCCAGGGCACGACAAUAGACCUGGGCCAAGCAAAGCUGGCUGGCUGCAUUUUUCUCAGGCCCAGAGGUGUCCUGUGGGUGGGCAGCCAGCCAGCUAGCUAGCCACCUGGGCAGCCACCUGGAAUCUUAGCCUCCAGGCUUCCUUUCCUAAUGUCUGGAAGUGGAGGAGAGUCCAAGAGAAGGCUCAGCAGGGGACUAACUGCCUUUCUGAUAAGGAAGGAGUGUGUGCUCACUUUGACAUUUGCCCUCCUGGCCACCUUGUUCCCAACAGGAGGCUCCCCAAGGUGCUAGUCCACAACAAGCAAGGAGCCCCAGCAUGGGGGUGUGGCUGUGAGGUCUGUAGAUGGAAGAAAGGGACCCAAGCCCACAAGAGCGCCUCCUUACUCCAGGCAUGGUCUGCCAGUCCGCCCCCCCCCCAUUUAUCCAUUGCCUCUGCCCAGUUGAAUUGAUGCAUUUGUUUCAGUGCUGGGGUUGUGUAACGAUAACGGUAUUAGAAACCCACCUGCCACUGGAGAUGCCUGAGCACCUCUGCAGGCAAAUUGCAGGAUUGCAAAGGGAAGGGCAGAAGCGCUGGACUGUUGGGCUUCAAGCCCUCUAGCCCCCUCCUCUCUCCCAGCCACUGGCUGCCCUUGGGGAGCUUUGCUCCCUCCUUCCAUCUCUCGGCCCAGGAAAGGGGAGGCCUGGGGUGAAGUUGGCCUCUCUCCCAAGCUGCUUUUGUCCUGGCUGCCAGGGCUUUGCCUCCCUCCUUUUGCAAUGGGUGCUGCUGCUGCCUCUGCUGCCACCGUUUGCUUGGGACUAAUCCAGAGCCACAUCUUGGCCACCCUCCCUCUGGGAAGAUGAAAACAGCCACUGCCUUUCCUCCUCCCCCACUUCCUCCCCCGCCUCUCUCUCUCCCCCACUUCGCUCCGCUGGGCCCCUGAUCCUCCCCGUGCUGAUGCCAAUGCUCAUUGACCCACCACCUCGACCCUUGCUAGUUCCCUUGCUAGUUCCCGGGGCCAUUCUCUCAUGCUCCUCCGUUGCCAUGGCAAACCAAGUGGCAGGCAUUCAUCUCGGGUUGCCGUGGUUACUGCUGGACGGAUGCAGUGAGGAGGUCCUCGAGGGGGCUUCUGAGCAGAGUCCCACCUGGACCCUCUUCAUCCUCCUCUCCCUUCUGACAGCUGUGUUUGGGAGGAAAGAAGCCUGCUCAACCGUCCCAGCGUUGAGCAGAAGGGGAAGCAGGGAGAAUCCUUUUUGUUUAGGGCCAAGCCUGUGCAUUGAAACCCUCCUCCAUCUCCUCGAGUGCUUGCUCCUCUUGCUGCACAGUUUGUUUUCCUAAAGUGAGGGGAGAGGUGAUGGUUCUGUGUACUCCCUUUUUGUGCAAAGACAGGGUGCGGAUGGGCCCCUGCCAGGGCUCCCAGAGUCAUAAUUUCCCUGGAAGAGUUGAGAGAGCAAAUAUCUGCACUGAGUUCAAGGCAAAAGUGGGAGAUCUUCCUUUCUGAAAGUCACAUGGCAGUUCCUGCCAUGAUGCUCAGGAACUGCUCCUCCAUUAUAUGUGAACUGGAAGGCCACAGGAGCCAUGUUCUCUGCCAUGAGCAUGCCUCCCUCUCUGCUUCUCCCUUAAAUGCAGGCAAUGCCAAAAGGUUUCUCCUUCACACAGGGCUUCCCAGAGCUCAGGGGGCUUCUUAAUGCUUAGAACCACCCCACAAGGGUGCCGUGGUUGCUGGAUGUAGAAGGGAAGCAGAAAGAGAGGGGGAUAGAGUUCUGUACAUAGGUGACUUGGGGAUUCUCCUUCCUUGAAGUACAGCCUCUAUUUGUUCAGAGUGAUGGUAUCCGACCCUUUGCUUCAGCUCUAAAACCUCUCAGGGCAACUGACUUGUGAAAUGAAAGCUAAUGGAGUAUUUUUUUUGCUGUGGUUGGGGAUGCACACAUCUCAGGCCCUGAUGGGUCAGCAUCUGGAGCCUUGCAGGGUCUGCCAUGACCAGUUGGCUUUGCAUUUUGCUGAUGAAAUUGCUCAUACCUGUUCCAAGGUGCUCUGGGUGGGACUGUCUUUGAAGGUGGUUUUGAACCUGUAAUAGUUAUAGAAAGUGGCUGCCGAAGUUAUAUCGCACCUAUACUGUACUGGUUAAAGUGACUGCCUGUUCAUUCCUGUGCCCAGUUCAAGGUGCUAGUUUUGGUCUUCAAGGGCUUAAACCGUUUAGGACCAGGUUACCUGAAGAGCUGUUUGCCCACCUGAACGUUGAGAUCAGUGCCUGAAGUCCUGAGGUCUGGCCUGCUAGCAGGAGAGGUUAGAUUGGUGGGCAGCAGGGACAGGGUCUUUUGAGUGGAGAUCCCACAUCUCUGGAAGCCUCUCUCCAGGGAGAGAUGUACAUCUUGGACAUUGAUAGACUUUAAGGAAACUCUGAAGAUGUUUCUGUUCCAGCCUAUGUUUGAUUAUUUCAUAUGCUGUGCUUGAAUUUCUUUUAAAAUUAGUGGUUCUAUUGAAAUUGCUGCUGUCUUUAUGAGCUUAAAACAGCAUGUGAACAACUUUUAGAAGGUGGUGGGUUAUAAAUAUUUGAAUAAAUAAAAACUCAAAAUACAGCACAACAAUACAACACAUACCGUCUUUAGACAUUACUGCCCUGAAGAGGAAGCACACGCAUAAUGUAACAGCACUGCCAAAUCAUUGCUCAGCUCCUUCUAGCUUCUCCAUCGUUUGACUGCUAUUCCUGAAGCAAGGAGCUUCCUGUGCUCAUGGAGGCUCCCCACAAAUGCUCCUCCAGUGCAGGAGGCUUCCUGCAUCAGAAGGAAGGGACUAAAUACAGUGGUACCUCUGGUUACAUACUUACCAGAUUUUUCGCUCUGUAAGACGCACCAGACCAUAAGACGCACCUAGUUUUUGGAGGAGGAAAACAAGAAAAAAAAUAUUCUGAAUCUCAGAAGCCAGAACAACAAGAGGGAUCGCUGCGCAGCGAAAGCAGCAAUCCCUCUUGCUGUUCUGGUUUCUGGGAUAGCUGCGCAGCCUGCAUUUGCUCCAUAAGACGCACACACAUUUCCCCUUACUUUUUAGGAGGGAAAAAGUGAGUCUUAUAGAGAAAAAAUAUGGUAAUUCGUUCCGAAGGUCCUUUCUUAACCUGAAACUGUUCUUAACCUGAAGCACCACUUUAGCUAAUGAGGUCUCUCGCUGCUGCCGCGCCGCUGAAGCACGAUUUCUGUUCUUAUCCUGAAGCAAAGUUCUUAACCCAAGAUACUAUUUCUGGGUUAGUGGAGUCUGUAACCUGAAGCGUCUGUAACCUGAAGCAUAUGUAACCCGAGGUACCACUGUAGUGCCUGAAGAGGACUUCAGUUAAAAUCAGCUCCAAAAUAUGUUGGGUGAGCAAUAAGAGCAUCUUUGCCUGGCACCCAAAGGACAUCAACACCAGACGAGAGUCUUGGUUGCCGAUGCUGAGGUGGGCACUGCACUGGGUCCUCUCUCUCUCCACAGUUGCCACCCACCAGACGUCAGAGGGCUUCUACUGGAGGGCUCAGGUGACAAUCAUAAAGUCCAGGUGGGCUUAUCUGGGAGGAGGAGGAAAGAUCCACAGCUGUGCCUGCCUGAUAUUGUAAAGCUGCUAUUACAUAAAAGCCCCCAGGGUGGCUUCCAACAGCAUAAUUGAAAACAGACACACGUAGCAAUAAAUAUAAAACCAGCAGUAAUAAAAAAGAAAGCAGCAAAACAAAACAAAAACCCAUAGCCAGUUUACAGCUUAAAGCUGUAAGGAAACGCAGAAGUCCUUUGCCUGGCACUGAGAUGACAUCAGGCCUUUAAUGGGCAGCACUUUGAAUUGUGCCCAGAAAUGGAUGGGCAGCAGCCUGGUGGCCAGGGGUCUUCUCUAGAGCCAGUCCCAGCCCAGCAGCUGCAUUUUGUCCUGACAUUUCUGGGGAACCUUCCAAGGCAGGCAAGCAGGCCCAUGUGCACCGCAGAUUGCAGCUGUGGUUUAAGCUAGGAAGCUUCAGCUCUCUAAUUAUUCUUGAUGGAGGGGUUGAGUUCUAGUCUGAAGAACAUCAGAAGAGCCUGCCUGCAGCAGCUGGGUCACACCACAGGCUCACCUAGUUCUCUGUCUUGUUCCAAACCAAUGCGGAACUCAUAAGCAAGCUGGCCCUGAGCCCUCCUUUGCACUGGGCAGCACAUGCCGUUUGGAAGCAGAGCAGAGCUGCACACUGGCAUCUUAAAGCUUAUGUGAUGCAGGAUUAGGCUUCCCAGGUCACCUUCUGAAAGGCAGAGGACUCAGCCUAACAGUGCACCCAGGGCAGAGGCAGAAGAACCUUCAGAAACCAUCUAGUCAAUAGCAUAUUAAAGAAGAAGAAAAAACUGGCACACAAUUAAAGCAUUAAGAAUUAAAAAUAAACAUGUCCAAACAAGCUGACCAGGAAACUCAGCUCAGUACAGGGGUUGCCAUUUGCAAGUCAAGGCCCAUAGAACUUUCUAUUGUUUGUUGCAGCUUUUGUACAGCCAUAGACAAGGAAUUAAUCCGUUUAUUCUUAGGUGAAAUAACUUAUAUACAAAAAAACUCUAAAAUAUUAAACCAGACAAUUCAGCAACAGACAGAAGGCAGGAAACACAUUCAGCCAAUAUUAUAGUCGCCAUUUUAAUUUAUUGUCUGUUGUUUGUUUAACAAAUAUAGAUAUAUAGGAUGCUCAAUCAAGUGGUCCCCCACCUCUGCCCCGCCCCAAACCAUGGGUCUUGGCAUCAGGAUCAGCAUGGGAGAGUUCCUCAAUAAAUAGUUACUGGGGAAACUGGAGGGGCAAGAAAGACUAGUGGGCAUCAAUGGAGCUGAAUGUUGGGAGACUGAAGACAGAUAAGAAAAAGCACUUCUUCAUGCAGUGCUUAGUCAAACUACGGAAAUUGCUCCCACAGGAGGCAGUGAUGGCCACCAACCCAGACUGCGGUAAAAGAGGGUUUACUAUUUUGGGAGAGGGGAGACUUCAGCACUGGGGAGAGGGCAGGCUGGUGAGGCCCCCUAAGUAGGCUUCAGCCUAUACAUAAAUCCGGCACUGCCACUGGGACAUGAUAAUCUUCAAGGCUCCACCCUCCAAGGCAGAUCCAGUCUGUGUUAAGAGAUUCAGCUCAUUCAAGAUAAGAUUUUACAUAAACAAAAACAAAAUCAAGGAAAGGGGUGUGAUCCCUGCUCAGGAGUGUUGUAAUGAUGGUGUUGAUAUUUCACAUUUUACUUCCACCCUGCUGGUGGAGAGAGACGUUCAGUGGUCCCUGACCCAGGCAGCUGUUAGGGUGGACUCUCAGCCAUUCACUGCUGAUGCACCAGAGGGAGUUGCAACCCAGGAGGAGAAGGAGGUCAGACUGGGCAGAGCCAGGUGCCCAGGGCAGGCUCAGAGCAGCGGGCCAGUUGCCAGGGGAACAGGCAGGAGCCUGUUGCAGGCCUGCCUCUCUGAGGCUGCCCUGCUGGUUGGCCCCACAGCCUGUGUGUCUCUCCCUCUCUGUUUGCCAGCCCUGCCUGGGCGUUCUGCCAGGGCGGGGUGGGCAUGGUGCCCAGGAGAGCAUGGAGAUUAGCCCAGAGUUCAACAAUGCCCACAGGCCAGAGGAGCUGCCAGGGAGGUCUGGCCCAGUGCGGGGGGCGGGGGGCAUGCGGACACUCCCACCCCUUGCUUCUCCCCAGUGGGGUGUUCUUGAGAUGCCCCCAUUCAGCUUAGCUCCUGGGAGAAUCAGGCAUGAAGCCCAAGGAAGAGUUGUUAGGAGAGGGGGUGGGGGGGGCUGUCUUUGUCAUAGUGCCCCGGAGGGAGGGAGGGACCCAAGAGGCUCUUUUGUUUUGGGCUGCAGUUUUAGGGUUGGCGGGGGGGGCACCCAUGGGUGCUAAAGCUGUCGCGUGCUUUGGUUCGACGGCACCGCCAGGCGAAGCCCCAACGAGGGUAGCUGCCUAGCUCGGGAUUGGGGCGUCAGUUUUGGAGGGCGGGAGAGAGGAGGAGGAGGAGGAGGAACCGCAUGGGGGUGGUGCGGUUCUGGGAGAGAUAAGCAAAGGGACGUUCAGAGCUGCUUUCAACGGCCGGGGGAAGACAUUGGGGCGGGGCCGGCCCUCGGAGCUUCACCCACAUCUCCUCCUCCUCCCUUUCCCUCUCCCUCUCCCUCUCCCUCUCUCUCAGGUCCGGACCUGUCUCUUCCCAAGGGAGGGGGCGGAGGCGCGGCCACUCCCGCCCCGACGGGGGAGGAGGAACCAGAAAGAGCAGCAGUCCGAGCAGCUCCGAAGUUUUGCAACUUGA